ACCAAUAUAAAAAACGCCGAAGCCAAAGCAAAAGCAGAGUAGAGAGAAAGAGCAUCAGAGAAAUCUUGAUAAGAAAGAAAACUCAGAAGAGAGAGAGAGAGAGAAACACACCCUAUAUGUCAGGUAUGGAGAGAUUGCAGCGAAUGUUCGCCGGCGCCGGUGGUGGUUUGGGCCAUCCGCCACCAGAUUCACCGACUCUCGAUUCGUCGGAGCAAGUCUAUAUCUCUUCCCUCGCUCUCCUCAAAAUGCUCAAACACGGGAGAGCUGGGGUUCCCAUGGAGGUUAUGGGAUUGAUGCUUGGGGAGUUUGUGGAUGAGUACACUGUUCGUGUCGUUGAUGUGUUUGCGAUGCCGCAGAGUGGUACUGGCGUUAGUGUUGAGGCUGUCGAUCACGUAUUCCAGACUAACAUGCUCGAUAUGCUUAAACAGACUGGACGACCAGAGAUGGUUGUUGGGUGGUACCAUUCACAUCCUGGAUUUGGAUGUUGGCUCUCUGGAGUGGACAUAAAUACACAGCAGAGUUUUGAAGCUUUAAAUCAACGAGCUGUGGCUGUGGUGGUGGAUCCAAUUCAGAGUGUAAAAGGGAAGGUGGUGAUUGAUGCCUUUCGUCUGAUUAACCCUCAAACCAUGAUGCUUGGUCAAGAACCACGACAGACAACAUCCAACCUUGGGCAUCUUAAUAAACCAUCCAUCCAAGCAUUGAUCCAUGGGUUGAAUCGGCAUUAUUAUUCGAUAGCAAUUAACUACAGAAAGAAUGAGCUCGAGGAGAAGAUGUUGCUUAACCUUCACAAGAAGAAAUGGACUGAUGGCUUGACACUUAAGCGAUUUGAUACCCAUUCUAAAACUAAUGAGCAAACUGUUCAGGAGAUGCUAAACUUAGCUAUCAAAUACAACAAGGCAGUGCAGGAGGAAGAUGAGUUACCACCAGAAAAACUUGCAAUUGCAAAUGUGGGAAGGCAAGAUGCCAAGAAGCACCUUGAAGAACAUGUCUCCAACUUGAUGUCUUCAAAUAUAAUUCAAACCCUGGGAACCAUGCUUGAUACAGUUGUUUUCUAGAGUUCAUCGUUUCAAAUCCUAGCCUUAGAUAUAUCUAGAGGCAAUUAGGAAACUAUUGCAUCAGAUGGGUUUGUUUUCUGUGAACAUUUUGGCAAUCAGCUUAUAAUUGCUAGAAAGACCAAUGCUGGUCAAGAAAGUGAUGAAUGGAAGUUUUAGCACCAUAUGAUUUCUGGUUUUCUUGUAUUCCUGUAUCAGUUAUACUUUUGUCUAAUUUGAUUCUUCAUUCAAAUACAUUGGUCGUUAAUCCAAA